UUUCUUUACUUUGGUCAGCUCUUCGCUAACUUUCUCACAAUGCCUGGAGAUAAUGCAUCCCAGCCAUUGCUGGCUUCUCCAAGGAAGUCAACCAAAACGCGCUCCAAGAUUACCCUCAUUUCCGCUGCUGUGGUAUUUUUGGCCACAUCUCUUUAUCUCGCCUCCCUGACCCCUUCAGUCAGCCAAACUGCUAUUUUCCCAACCGCAACCGAUAGCCAUGAUAUUGGGUCCGUUCAAAGCCCCGGUAUCUCGGAAAGGACAUUAGAGCACGGUAUUCAACAAUGCAGUGCUAUUGAAGCUCGCAAAACAGCCGGCAAGGCAUCCUCGAGACGAGAAAAGAACCCCAGAGCUGUUCCCAAUACCCCUCCCUUGCUGAUUCGAAACGGAUAUAUCUGGACGGGCAAUUCGUACCUCGAUGGAUACGAUAUCUUGGUCGACCAUGGCCUCAUUCAGAAAGUCGAAAAAAAUAUCGAAACCCUGCCUGAAUACGAUAUCAUUGACGCCAAGUCGCGCGUCAUCACCCCGGGUAUAGUUGAUAUGCAUUCGCACAUCGGCGUCGAGUCUCUCCCCAUGUUGGAAGCCACGACCGACGGCAAUGAGGGAACCAACCCUAACACUCCCUACGUCCGUGCUCUCGAAGCUUUCAAUCCCAGUGAUCCCGCAUUAGGUAUCGUUAUGAGCGGAGGUGUUACUACCAGCUUAGCUCUGCCUGGAUCUGGAAAUCUCAUGGGCGGUGAAGCGCUUGCUAUCAAGUUAAGGCCAGUGUCGACUCUUUCAGUGGAAGAUAUGCAAGUCUCAGCUGGAGCAGAUGAAAGCGAAGAGAAGAUUUGGCGAUACAUGAAGAUGGCCUGUGGCGAGAAUCCCAAAUGGUCCUAUGGCUAUGCCGAAGGCGCUAUGCCACUCACACGAAUGGGAGAAGGAUACUUGUUCCGAAAAUGGUUCAACAAUGCUAGCAAGCUGAAGAAUCAGCAAGACGACUGGUGCGAAGCUGCCGAACGCCUCAAUUCAUCCUCUCACCAUCAUCAAAAGACUCGUCUUUCUACUCCCUUCCCAGAGGACCUGGAACUAGAGAGCCUGGUAGCUCUCUUGCGCGGAGAUACAAAGCUCAACAUUCACUGUUAUGAACCGCAUGAUCUUGAGGCGAUGGUACGCCAUUCGCUUGAAUAUGAUUUCGAGAUCACCGCCUUCCACCAUGCUUUGAAAGCUUGGAAGGUUCCUGAAGUCAUCAAGCGAGCGAAAGGAAAUAUUACCAUUGCAACCUUUUCCGAUAUGUGGGGCUACAAGUUUGAAGCUAUGGACGGCAAUGUUCGAGCAGCUCAGAUUUUAGGUGAAGCAGGCAUUCCCGUCGCUUUCAAAAGCGAUCACCCCGUCCUCACUGCUCAAGAUCUUGUGCACGAGGCUGCUAAGGCAUACCAUUACGGACUUGAAGAACACAAGGCAUUACAGUCUGUUACUACUAUCCCAGCGUCUGCCAUGGGUCUUUCGCACCGCAUCGGAAGCAUUGCACCUGGAAUGGAUGCAGAUAUUGUUAUCUGGGAACGACAUCCACUUCGACUUGGAGCUCGUCCUGAUCAUGUUAUUGUUGACGGUAUCAAGCAACAAUUCAACAGCACAUUUGAUAUUCCUCAAAAUGUACUCUCUUCUCUCCUGAACAAUGGCUCACCUAGCCAGUCUGAGAAAGAUGCUCGUAAAGAUCGUGCUCCUAUUGUCAAUGGCGAGAGCUUGAAGCUUGAAGAUCAUGGCUCCAAAAAUCCGGUUACAUUUACCGAAGCAUGCAGCCCCAAUACAGACAGCUUUGUUCUACGUAACAUUGGAAAACUGUUUUUGGCCAAAAAUACCGUUUACGAUAACACAAAGGCUAUUCGUAAGGAGGAUGAGCUCUAUGUUAUUGUGGAGAAUGGCACCAUCAUAUGCUCUGGUGCAGGAUGUGGUCGAGACAAGAUCGAUUGGCCUAACAAGAGCGCUGUUUUUGAUCUCAAUGGCGGUUAUGUUCUUCCGGGAUUGAUUUCAACUGGUGCUCGAAUUGGUCUCGUUGAAAUGAUCAGUGAGCCCAGCACACAUGAUGGCUUUGCUGAUAACAAGUUGAACGAUCCUGAUCUGCACAAGACCAUCACAAGGGCCGUUGAUGGACUCAAGUUCGGAACAGAGCAUCUUGAAAAGCCAUAUAGAGCGGGUGUUCUUCAUUCCAUCACACAGCCGCUUGUGAUGGGAGAUAAGGUGGUCGCUGGUGUAUCUGUAGCCUUCAAGAUUGGAGCUGAGAAUACCGUACUGGAUGCAGACGACAUCAUCAUCAAGGAGGAAGCAGCAUUGCACUUUGUGCUUACCAUUGUUCCUGAACCGGCCAAGUCUGAGCAAAUUGCUGGAAUACGACGUUUGCUCGUGUCCAACCUUGAUAAGGACACCAAUGAUAACGUGUUUGCGCGUGCAGCGAAAGGACAACUCCCUGUGGUGAUUCAAACGGACGACAAGGAUGAGAUUGCUCAAAUCAUCAAGAUGAAGCAACAUAUCAAAAGCUUGCAUGGUGGAAGCCUUGUUCGAUUUGUUAUUCUAGGCGGCGCAGAAGCUUGGCUAGUGGCCGAUCAUCUUGCUGCUGCGCAAAUCCCUGUCAUUCUAGCUCCUCCAAGAUGCCGACCUGCUUUCUGGGGCCAACGACACUGCCUUAGCGGUAAGCCUAUGCAAGAUGCUACUGGCCUGGAUGUUUUGGUGGCCAAGGGCGUGCUUGUUGGUGUAGCUAGUCUGGAUGCUGAUGACGGCUACGUUAGGAACUUGAUUUGGGACGCAGGUUGGAACCUCGCUACCAACAAUAACUUGACUGAUGCAGAUGCUGUAGGCUUCGUCAGCUGGAACUUGGCAGAAAUCUUUGGAUUGCAUCACUCAAAUGGCUCUCCCGUUGGUAUCCUCGCUGCCGGCCAACCUGCAGAACUCGUAGCUUACGAUGGAAAUCCUUUUGAAUUCGGCACGCAAGUUCAGCUGGUGGCUGGAGGUGGACGUCGUGGAGUCAGCUGUCUCGAUGGUGUUCGGCAGACAUAAAUGUGGUGCAACGGACCAGUCUCUUUCAUUUUUAAAUGUCUUGCUAUUCACUGCUUAAGAAAGCAAAGUAUGCUUUCACUGUGUCAAUAAAUACCUGGCGUCUAGAAAUAUUCACCAUCAUGGCGGCAUGCAAACCCAUCGAAUU